AAGCGUUGAUCAUCCAAGAAAACACAAACGAGAACAACAACAACAUCAUUAAUGGCAAAAGGAAGUGGUCACAUAAGAACCAAGGCAAAGACAGUGGAAGACAGACAGAUCGAAGAUUUUUAUUUGUUUCUUGUUUGCCUGAGAAAAAUUAAACACAUUUACUAAAACUUCGCUAAACUGUUGGAUUCCGUUGUUAAAUAUUUUUACAUGGUCAAAUUUAUAUAGAACAAUACAUGCUUUGUUUCUGGCUUGGAGACAAAACGGCCGCUUAGUUGUAGUGUGGCAUAUGUGUAUAAAUGAGCGUGGAUGGUCAGUGGACAGCAACAGUCGAGUUCUACACAGCGGUGACACAACUAGAAGCACAAGGAAGGAUUACAAAAUCUAUAACACAAGAUGAAGACAUUUGUUGUUGUAUUUGCGCUUAUCGCACUCAUAGCGCCCGGUCAGGCGACUUUCGGCAAAUUGGCGCUGCUAGCGGGCGUAAGCGGUCCUAGCUACGGUCCUGGUUACGGUGGUGGUUAUGGCGGCGGUUAUGGUGGCGGCUAUGGUUACGGUGGUGGCUAUAAUGGCGGUUAUGGCAUUACGCCAUACUCAAAUAGUCGCGAAAACGUCGUCAAAGUGAUAAAGGUGUCUGUGGUGCCUGGUGGCAGCUAUGGUGGUGGUUACAACACUGGUGGUUACAGCACUGGUGGUUAUGGUGGUUAUGGCUAUGGCGGUGGCGUUUACAAUGGCGGUUAUGCGAGUGGCGGUGUAGCCUACCCUGCGGUGACCACUUCGGCGGUCGUGACACCCGUAGUGACAGCCGUCUCAACUCCGGUUCCAGCUCCGGUCUCCUACGGUGCCACCUAUGGCAGCGGUUAUGGUUAUGGUGGCGGUGUUGGUCUGGGCUACGGUGGUGUUGUUGGUGGUGGUGCAAUUGGUGGCGGCGGUAUUGGUGGCGGUAGUAUUGGUGGUUUGGGUCCUUUGGGCCCAGAAGGCUGGUGUUAAGGUAGAAAGUAAACGAAUUGUUGUUGUGAUCUUGAUAGAAACGACAAACCGAUGUCACGUAUUUGAUUUUGGUAAUGUGUAUAUAUGUAUAAAUGUAACGAUGAAUUCAAUAUUAAA